AUGCAUGCUUCAGGCAGUAAAGAAGAGCACGGUCUCAACACUCUCAACGUCGAGAAUGUCGAAGAAGGCCAACCAAAAGAGAUUUUCGACGCCGCGCAAAUCAGUUCUCGCUCUCGCAGUCCAGCGGAAAGAGCCUUGCUCAGGAAGCUAGACUGGGUCGUCCUGCCGGUACUCUGGCUGAUGUACUUUCUCAACUUUCUUGACCGAGCUGCAAUCACCGUUGCCAGACUGAACAGAAUGGAAAAGGAUCUGAACCUCACAUCAGUGCAAUACCAAGCCUGUGUUUCCGGAUUGUUUGUUGGAUAUCUCCUUGGACAAAUCCCAUCCAACAUGAUCAUCACCAGGGUACGACCGUCAAUUUUUCUGGGGUCCUGGAUGGCCUUGUGGGCUAUCUGUAGUACGCUCCAGGGUAUUGUCCACAACUUUACAGGCCUAUUCUUGGCCAGGUUCUUCCUCGGCUUUACAGAGGCACCCUUUUAUCCUGGUGCUCUGUAUCUGCUGUCGAUCUUUUAUACACGCACGGAAAUUGCUACGCGGAUCUCGAUCCUCUUUUCGGGAAGUGUCUGUGGUAACGCCUUCGCCAGCCUCAUCGCCAUCGGAGUCUUCAAAAUGCACGGAGUGGCUGGUCUUGCAGGUUGGAGAUGGCUUUACAUCCUCCAAGGGAUCAUCACCUUCGUCGUGGCCAUCAUAUCGAUCUUUAUUCUCCCCGAUGAACCCAGCAACACUCGUUGGUUGUCACCAGACGAAAGAGAACUCGCGCAAUCACGCGUUUCCGGAGACACAGUUGCAAGACGCACCAACACGAGUACAUGGGCUGGACUCAAGGAUGCCGUCACCGAUCAAAACCUCUGGCCUCUCAUUCUCAUUCAGCAUCUUGGAGUAGCGGCGAGCGGUUACAAGAACUUUCUACCGACUGUAGUGCAAACAUUGGGCUAUGGCCAAACAACCACCCUUGGUAUGACCUGCCCCCCUUAUCUUGUGUCUGGUGCGCUUUCCGUGCUAUGGAGCUGGUCUUCAGGACGUCGGAACGAACGUACAUGGCAUCUCUCCAUGGCUCUUACUACUGCCAUCAUCGGAUUCAUAAUAGCAUCCGCGACGACGAAUACCGGUGCACGCUAUUUCUCGAUUUUCGUCUUCACCACUGGAGUCUACGCCAUUUCUGGUAUCAACCUGGGAUGGGUGGCGAGUACUUGUGGCCAGACUAAAGAGAAAAGGGCUGUUUCCCUGGCAGUCACCAAUACCAUCUCGAACAUUGCAACCAUCUACACUCCGUACUGGUGGCCGGCGUCAAACGGGCCUCGAUACGUGAUGCCCUUCACCAUAAGUGCCGUCUUUCUGGUUGUGGCGGCGUUGUCGACCUUCACGUUGAGAUGGAUGCUUGUCCGUGCCAACAAGAAGAUUCGUCAAACAGAGUCCGAGGCCCAGGUCCUCUAUGCUCUCUAG